GUAGAAUUUAAAAAGUUAUUGUAUGUGUUACUAUUUAUUGCUGUUAUUGUCAUUUUGAUGUUGUAAUUUUAACUACUGUUUUUAUAGUUAGUAACUUUAGUUCAUAAUGGAAGAUGUACUCUCUUUUGGUUUAAAGCAGUUAAAAGUUUCAGUUUUAAAUAAAUUAGAUCAUAUUAAUUGCUCUACCAAUAGAUAUAUUCCAACUGAAAAGCCUCCUAGAAAAAAUCAAGUGGGGAUUACUAUCCCAAAGGAUAAUUUAAAACAGAGUAGUCCUCAAUCCAAGCAAUCAGAAAUUCAGUUUCAAGGCUUAUUGGAUGUUUUCGAACACAAUAGAAGACAAGAAGUAGUAAAUAAGGUACAAGCCCGUUUAAAGAAAUUUGAGGACUUUACAGUACAACAAGAGUUAAAUAAAAAAGAACAAUGGUUUAAAAAACAGCAAGAGUUUGUUGAAGACUUACAACAACAAGAAAAGAAUAUAAAUCAAGCUCUUCAAGAAUAUGAUAAGAACUCUUCCCAUUCGCAAGCACAAUUGGCUUUGUACUAUAAAGAUUUAGAAUUAAAGAGGCAAGCACAAGAAAAUGAAAUUAAGAGAAGAGAAUAUGAAAAACAACUCCUCUAUAAAUGCAUAGAUAAAAUUAAGAAAUUACAGCCAGAAUUUUCGGGUCUUUACGAGAAGAUCUUAAAAACUAUCAAACGAUGUCAGAAAAUCGAAAAUUUGAAGACUCAGCUCACAGAAGAAUUUCAGUUACUAAACUCCUUGCCAUCUAGCUUUGAUGAAAUAAUUAAAAGAUGUAAAAAUGCUAAAGUAACAGAGGAUGAUGUUAAAAACGCUCAAGAUAUGUUUAUACAAUUAGAAAAUAUAGAAAGAAAAAUAAAUGAAACUGUGGAUAGUAUAAACAAGAUUAACGAACAAGCAAAUAUUCCCAAACCAACUCCUUUGCCAGUUGAAUCUAAACCGCUUGUUGCAACCAUUAAACCUGUUGCCAAAAGUCAGUCUGCUGCAAGUAUAGAAAAAUAUAUAAAUUUGGACAAUUUUCAUAUAUAUUCCGAAUUGAUGGACUUUCUUGAUAAAUAUACAGAAAGUAUUAAGAAUUUAGAAAAUGAUGUUACUCAAAAACAGUUUGUGCAGGAUUGUAAAAAAGCCAUAAAUAUUCCAGUAAAUUCAUUGUCAGGCGUAAACGCUGAACAUGUGUUAGACAAAUUUAACAAACUAUUUAGGUUGCUAAAAGGGCAGGAUAAUAUUAUAGCUGAUAAGAGAAUUAAUGCUUCCAUUCAUCCACAAGGUAUCCAGUUUUGUAAAAAUUUACUAGCGAAGAGAUUUGUUCUUCAGAGUGAUUUAAUAAUUUCUAGUAACUCUGAAUCUGCUUUUUGUUAUGCUACUGUGAUUGUUUCUUUAUGGAACGAAUUCCCAGACUUUGGUAAAUUAAUUUUAGCCUACUUUUACAAGGUGUGUCCUUAUUUGGUACCCUAUAAUGUUCCCAGGCAAGAGGGGGAAUCUGAUGAAGAAUAUUACCAGAGGCAGGGGUAUCAAUAUAGUAAUGGACAAAUAGAGAAGCAAGAUAAAUAUUUAAAAAGAAUGACAGGUGUCAUGCGUCUUUAUUCUGCGAUUAUGAUUGUUAAGCCCAAACGAGGAUGUACUAAUAUUUAUAAUAUUCAAAAUGGUUGGAAAUGGUUGACAUCAACGUUAAAGUUAGAACCGGAAGUAGACAUUACUGCAACUUUAGUGCACACCUUCUUAGAAACUGCUGGCUUUGAAAUGGAGGCUUGUUAUGGAAAAAUGUUUAAAAAAUUGUUACAAAUUAUAAUGGGCCAGUUUUUACCAAGUUGUAAACAGAAAUGUACUGGAGGCGCACUUACCAGGUUGGAAUUGCUUUUAGAAGACUAUCUACAAAAACAGAAAUUUGAAUCACCAGAUGGAUAUUUGGGAUAUACAUAUUGGUAAAUUUGAAGAGGAAUAUUUAUUUUUUGUGAAUUAGACUGAAUUGCACACCGUAAUGUAUAUAACUGUUAUUUCAGUGAAAACGUCGUCAACUGCUUUUAAGGAGGCGACUUUUAAUUUUUUUUUUUUUCAAAAUAUACAAAUACAUUUCUAAAAAAAUAUACAUUUUUAAUAUA